UGAUUAUCAUUACCUACAUUUAUCCUGCGGACUGACAAGUCGGCUACUCUGUUCUGAGCGGAGUUUGUGAGUCGAAAACGUUACAUCAUUUUUGAGAUGUUCAAAAGUAGCAGCCUUCUCCUUGGCCAGAAACUUCUUGAAGUGCCUGGACUGCGUGGUUUUUGCGGGAUGAGGCCGGUUGAUAGCAUUGUGAAGAUGGGCUUUUUCUCAUUCACUUUUAUUAAGUUGGGAGUCUCUGGGGCUGAGUGCUGUAGAUGGUAG